UUGAAACAAAACACUUCUUGCUCUUGAAGUCUUGAGACUUCUCCACAGCUCUAAACAAAAAAAAAUGUCUAACGGUGUUGAGAAGGCGGUUGAGGCGCUGCUUCGUGGCCAAGAAAGCGCUUACCGCUUGAAGACCGUGCUCGAACAUUCAAGCUCAGCUCCAACCGAGCCUCUCUGCGAGACCGUUCUUGAUUCCUUCUCCUUUGCUCUCUCUCUUUUUGCAUCUUCUAACCGCGAGUCUUCUCGGAGCAAGGCAACCACACCCGUGGUGGCUCGAAAGUCUCCCAAGAAAACCGGCAAUGGAGAAGACGGUCCAGAGCACUACAGAGAUGAUUCACCAAAUCCGAUCCACGACGAUGGUUUUUCUUGGAGGAAGUACGGCCAAAAGAAAAUCAAAACCUCUUCCCACCAAAGGUGUUACUAUCGUUGCGCCUAUGCCAAAGACAGAAACUGCGAGGCUAUGAAGCGGGUGCAACAGAUCCAAGACAGUCCUCCUGUGUACAGAACAACUUAUGUCAGAAAACAUAUCUGUGAGGCUAAUGCUUUUUUGCUGCCUAAUGACGAAAUUGCAAACGGUUCCAACAUGAUUCGUUUCGACACAUUCGACCAGGCCAUGUCUGAAUUUUUCAGGCCUCAGCUCACUCCAGUAGAACAAGAAGCAAUUGUCAACCAAGGCGAGGAUGGCACGGACCAAACCAUGGACCUAGAAUGUGACAGUAACGAGUUUUUGUUGGAUGAUGAACAGUCAUGGAGGUAUCAGAUUCCUCCAUGUUCACCUGGAAAUUUUAUGUUCUUGGACGAUCUUUCGGAGUUUGAUUACAAUCCUUUCCACCUUUGACAGAACAAGCACCUAUUUCAAGCUGAUUAUGUUCAUUCAGGGUAGACUAUGUCGUAUAUUUUGUAUUAGUUUAUGUUUGAGUGUGGUGUGUUAGAUUCAUGAAUGGUGACAUAGUCCUCGCGUCACCAAACAUACGUCAGCGUUGAGACGUAUCUGUCUCCGUUUGAUUCAAAUAUUGUAAACAACUACUGUUCAUCUUUUGAAUGAUAUAACGGGACUUUAUUCUAUAUUGCCCCACUCACUCCCAUCU